AUGUACAACUGCGCGAAAAAGUACCCUCGCUUUAGGCUUGACUUUGUUCCACACGCAAACUUGGUGAGAUGGCUGAAACACUGCGACGCCUUGUCUCACCUGGACAAAGCGACAGAGGACAAUUUUGCCGGGUUCGGUGGGGAGUUCAUGGUCAAAGAUCUCAAGAGCCUCCAGAAGCUCGAGGAAUCGAAGCCCACCCGGGUCUACGGUCAGGACGUCACGCUCAAGACUGCAGCAGAAUUUCAUGAAUUCAUCGAAAGGUGGACCCAACACCACACCGCCGUCGUCGUCGUCGGUGGGCAGAAUCUGGAUCUGAAAAAGUAUAGGCCGCAACAUUGGAACACACUGCUGCUCAAAAAAGACAAGAACGGUCUUUUGGUGCGGCGGACAGGUACCGACGAGGUACAGACACCCCGGCAUACUGGCUUCCUGUCGCCCCCCACUUCCACCUCCGUCACAGCGGGCGGUCCGACGGCGCUGCAACCCUGCAUCGAUGCGCGUUCGCUGCAUUUGGUGCGGAACAGCGAGCAGAGCAUCUCGAGUGAGGACGUGCCGGCUUCGAGUCCUCCGCUCCUCAAUGACGAGAUCGGCUCUCCCGAGCAUCUCGAGGGACUCGCCGGCGGCACCGUCCUCCACGCGACGGAGUGA